CAACCGCCCCCCCCCCCCCCCAGCACCACGCGGGGCCGCGCGCCGGGGUCCCCCGCAACCCCCGGCCGGGGGGGGUCCCGUCCCCAUCCCCACCGCGGCGUUUUCCCGUCGGAGCGUGAUGGACGCAGAGGGGGGGCCCUCCGGCCCGGACCCCCCUCGGGACUCUGAAGGCGCUGCCACAGCCCAUCCUGGCAGUGAGGCACCAGCUCGCCCUGCAAAGAGGCGUCGCAAAGCAGCAGCAGCAGCAGCGCAGCCCCAUGGCAGAGCUUUGGGGCACCCACAUGCUAUGGGGCCACUGGAGGAGCUGUUGGGGUUACGGGGCGGACGCCUGCGCCCCACCAUCUGCGGGGAGUGUGGGAAGGGCUUCAGCCGCAGCUCAGACCUGGUGAGACACCGCAUCACCCACACCGGGGAGAAGCCCUACACUUGUGGGGCCUGCGGGAAGGGCUUCAGCCAGAACUCCAACCUGGUCACCCACCAACGCAUCCACACCGGGGAGAAACCCUACAGCUGUGGGACCUGCGGGAAGCGCUUCAGCGAGAGCUCGGCGCUCAUCCAGCACCAGCGGACCCACACCGGAGAGAAACCCUAUUCCUGCCCGGACUGCGGGAAGUGCUUCAGCCGCAGCUCACACCUCAACCGGCACCGACGGACCCACAGCGACGAGAAGCCCUAUAUCUGCGUGGAGUGUGGGGAGGGGUUUCGCCACAAAUCCCAGCUGCGCCGGCACCAGAAGCUGCACUCAACAUACGGGGGGCGGCCGCGGGGGGGGCGGCAGCGGCCUUUUAUCUGCAACGAGUGCGGGAAGAGCUUCAGCCACUGGUCCAAACUGCUGCGACACCAGCGGACUCACACCGGGGAGCGGCCGAGUACGUGUGGGGAGUGUGGGAAGAGCUUCAGCCAGAACUCACACCUGGUGCAGCACCGCCGGACACACACCGGGGAGAAGCCGUAUCGCUGCGGGGACUGCGGGAAGAGCUUCAGCUGGAGCUCCAACCUCAUCCAGCACCAGCGCAUCCACACAGGAGAGAAACCCUACAGCUGCGGGCAGUGCGGGAAGAGCUUCACACAGAGCAAAAACCUCAUCAAACACCAACGCACCCACUCGGGGGCCCGGCCCCAUCGCUGCGGGCAGUGCGGCCGCGGCUUCGCGCAGAGCACCAACCUGCUGAAGCACCAGCGGGUGCACGCGGCCUGCAGCCAGCAAACAGCCUGCCCCGAGUGCGGGCUGAGCUGCUGCGACAGGGCCGAGCUGGAGCUGCACCGGGCGCAGGAGCACGGCCACGAGCCCUACAUCUGCGUGGAGUGCGGGGACAGCUUCGCCAAGAGCGCCACGCUCAAACGCCACAAGCGCGUCCACAAGCCGGUCUUCAUGCACUGAGCUGGGGGUGGUGGGGGGUUCACCCCCCCCCAGGGACGGAGUAGCUCAGGAUACGAGCCCCAGACCAUGAGCCCAUGGUGAACGUGUUGGGUUGGACCCUAUAGGUGUAUAUAGCGUGGGGUGGGGGUGUGCAGAGUAGAAGCAGUGCCGCGCCACCAGCAACUCAAAGGGCUGGGAUGUGGGGUGCGAUGGACAGCUGUAGAAUAAAGCACUUCUGUCUGGGGGA